AUGAAGAUGUGGACACUCACCCUCGUCCUCCUCACGCUGGGCGGGUGCUGCUGUGCAGACCUGGUUUCGGUGGUUUCAGCCGGAGGUAAAGUUCGGGUGAAGAGGACGUGGAUUAUCGACUCGUUCAGUUUUGAGGAGGAAAACCCCGGGCCGUUCCCGUACGUCCUCGGGAAGAUCGAGGUGGACAGGAAAUACUUGGUAUGGUUCCAGUUGGAAGGCAGCGGCGUUGAUGAGGAUCCCGAAGGUGUCCUGAGCAUCGACAAAAGUAACGGCAAUGUGUUGGUUCAUAAAAAGAUCGACUACGAGAUAUUCCAUUAUCUCAAGCUGACUUUCGUAGCAAUGAACGUCUCCAAUGAUCAGGUUGACACUCGACUCGGAGUUGAGAUUAAGAUCCUGGACAUUAACGAUAACGCCCCCGAGUUCAACCCCCUGAAUUAUGAAACCACGGUGGACGAGUCCGCGCCUCAAGAUCAGCCAAUAACGACGGUGGUGGCGAAGGAUAAAGACGACCCGUCGACGUUAAACGGCACCUUCAACUUCAGACUGCUGUCGGUCACACCUCAGACGGACAACGUGGAGUUUUACAUGAAGCAGAUCCAUGAAACGGCGUCUGUCAAGUUCAAAGGCUGUCUGGAUUACCAGAAAGCUCAGAAAUACACCCUCCUGAUUGAAGCGAAGGAUAAUGGAGACAAAGUUCAGCUGUCCAGUACGAGCACCGUGGUUCUAAACGUCGUCGACAAAAACAACCACGUCCCCGUAAUCACUGGCCAUACUGGUUCUGGGAAGAUUAAAGAACAAACUACAGGAGUGGAGGUUCUGAGGUUACAAGUUUCUGACGAGGACAGUCGAGGGUCACCGGCCUGGAGAGCUGAAUACAGCCUGCAUGGAGACAAUGACCACUACUUCCAAAUCACCACCGACCCCCAAACCAACGAAGGCGUCCUCACUGUUAUUAAGGUGAUGGAUUUUGAGGAACAAGCUAUCACAAACGUCUCUAUCGCCGUGAAGAACGAGCUGCCCUAUUUCUCCUGUAAGAUCAAAGAUCGUCCUGCUCAGGGUUCCUGGACUGUGGAGACCAGUAACGAUGCGUCGGUUACCCCCAAACUCUACCCGGUCGCCAUCACCGUCGAGGACGUGAACGACCCUCCAGUGUUCAUUCCACCGGUUAAAGAAAUCAUGAUCAUGGAAAACCUGAAAGUAGGAACCGCCCUGGAUACGCUGAAGGCCGAGGACCCGGAUAAGACGUUCGCCAGCUCCUUUCAUUUUGUUAAAGGAGAAGACGAGAACGGCUGGGUGACUGUAGAUCCCAAAACCGGUCAGGUGUCCGUGGCCAAAGUGAUGGACAGAGAAUCGCCCCUGGUGAAGAACAGCACCUACAGGGUCCCCGUCUACGUGGUGGAUAAUGGUGAGCCUCCCAUGACGGGAACAGGGACCCUGAUCAUCCACCUGGGGGAUCAGAACGAUAACGUGCCGGUGCUGACGAUGAACGCGGUGGAAAUGUGUCUAUCGGACGAGGAAUCCCGGGCCAACAUCAGCGCGGUGGAUCUGGACCUUCCACCGUACAGCAACCCCUUCCACUACGAGCUGCUGGGGGACGUCAGGGGCAAGUGGAAGAUCCACCCCACCUUCGGGACGACGGUGCAGCUGAUCAAACAGAGUAACGUUCACUCGGGUCAUUACCAGUUUCAGGUGAAGGUUACCGACAGUCAGGGCUCCGGCAUGGUGCAGAACUUUUCGGUGAUGGUGUGUGAUUGUUCCAGCACCUCCAGCUGCCACGCCCGCUCGGCUGCCUCCGUCCAGUCGGGUCCGAGCGUCUUCCUGAUCGGUUUCCUCGUCCCCCUGAUCCUGCUGGCGGUGCUCGUGAUGGCUCUCUUCUCCUGCAAACGGGGGAAACCCAUGAUCCCCACCUACGACAGUCCUGACAUGUGUAUCCUCAAAUCCAACCUCGAGUCACCUGGCACCGACUGCAUGACGCUGCCCAAAUUCGAACCAGAACCAACCAAAACCGAACCAGUAAUCACUCAGACCACCGCCAAGACGGCCACCAACUACGGAGCCCACAAGAGCUUUUCCCGCCAGGGGUCCAUGCGGCAAAACCUCGCUGUUCCGGUCUACACCGAGCAGACAGACAGGAGAUCCGUCCGGCGGAGUUCGUCCACGCGCUCGUACCGGCAGGUCAGAAACUUCGACAUGGUGGACACGAGGAACACAAAGAAUUCAGCUUAUUAUUAUCAGGAUGAAUUAAAUCUUACGACGACUGUGGUACAGCAGCUCAAAAAGAGGCUCCUCCAGAUCCAGGAUCAGGAGCUCUACGAUUACGAUCCGCACUGCUACGCCUACGAAGGAGAAGCUGAGAACCACCAGGACCUGGAUAACAUCUCGUUCUCCGAGUCGGACCUCACGCCGGACGACCUGGACGACCUGGACUUCCGUUUUAAUAAACUGGCGGCCGUGUGCAGGCCUGAUCUAAUCUAGUAAAGUUCUUCAUC